AUGUCUCGGGGGUCUAUUGAGAUCCCUUUGCGGGACACAGAUGAGGUCAUUGAGCUUGACUUCGACCAGCUACCUGAAGGUGAUGAAGUCAUCAGUAUCCUCAAACAGGAGCACACACAGUUGCACAUAUGGAUUGCCUUGGCGUUGGAGUACUACAAGCAGGGCAAAACGGAAGAUUUUGUCAAACUACUAGAAGCGGCACGUAUUGAUGGGAACCUGGACUACAGAGACCACGAAAAGGACCAGAUGACCUGUCUGGACACCCUGGCAGCUUACUACGUGCAGCAGGCGCGCAAAGAGAAGAACAAAGAUGCCAAGAAAGAGCUCAUCACACAGGCCACGCUAUUGUACACAAUGGCAGAUAAGAUCAUCAUGUACGAUCAGAACCAUUUACUGGGAAGAGCUUGUUUUUGCUUGCUGGAAGGAGACAAGAUGGACCAAGCCGAUGCUCAGUUCCAGUUUGUCCUUAACCAGUCUACAAAUAAUAUCCCUGCUUUGCUUGGUAAGGCCUGCAUCUCCUUCAAUAAAAAGGAUUACAGAGGAGCACUUGCGUACUACAAAAAGGCUCUGCGUACAAACCCUGGUUGUCCAGCUGAAGUAAGGCUAGGCAUGGGCCACUGCUUUGUCAAACUCAGCAAACUGGAGAAGGCCCGCUUAGCUUUUGGCCGCGCCCUGGAGCUUAACCCCAAAUGCGUGGGAGCCCUCGUGGGCUUAGCCGUGCUGGAACUCAACAAUAAGGAGGCUGACUCUAUCAAGAACGGAGUGCAGCUCCUGUCGCGCGCCUAUACCAUCGAUCCCAGCAACCCCAUGGUGCUCAACCACCUCGCCAACCAUUUCUUCUUCAAAAAGGACUACAGCAAAGUGCAGCAUCUGGCUCUCCAUGCUUUCCACAACACCGAGGUUGAGGCCAUGCAGGCAGAGAGUUGUUACCAGUUGGCUCGAUCGUUCCACGUGCAGGAGGACUAUGACCAAGCUUUUCAGUAUUACUACCAGGCCACGCAGUUUGCUUCUUCCACCUUCGUCUUGCCCUUUUUCGGUCUGGGACAGAUGUACGUUUAUCGAAGAGACAAAGAGAAUGCAGCCCAAUGCUUUGAAAAGGUUUUAAAGGCCUACCCCAACAACUACGAGACCAUCAAAAUUCUGGGUUCGUUAUACGCAACGUCUGACGAUCAGGAAAAGCGAGAUAUUGCAAAGGGUCAUCUAAAGAAAGUGACAGAGCAGUACCCGGAUGACGUGGAAGCCUGGAUCGAGCUGGCUCAGAUCCUGGAGCAGACAGACAUCCAAGGAGCCUUAUCAGCAUACGGGACGGCCACCCGCAUACUGCAGGAGAAAGUGCAGGCGGACGUGCCCCCGGAAAUCCUCAACAAUUUGGGGGCACUUCAUUUCCGACUGGGCAACCUGGAAGAGGCCAAGAAAUACUUUUUAGCUUCUCUGGAUCGGGCCAAAGCCGAGGGCGAGCACGACGAGCACUACUACAAUGCCAUUUCCGUCACCACCUCCUACAAUCUGGCGCGGUUAUAUGAGGCUAUGUGUGAAUUCCACGAAGCGGAGAAGCUCUACAAGAACAUCCUGAGAGAGCAUCCCAACUAUGUGGACUGCUAUUUACGGCUCGGCGCCAUGGCACGUGAUAAAGGCAAUUUCUAUGAAGCUUCCGAUUGGUUCAAAGAGGCCCUGCAGAUUAAUCAGGAUCAUCCAGAUGCCUGGUCCCUUAUAGGGAACCUCCACUUGGCCAAACAGGAGUGGGGUCCAGGCCAGAAGAAGUUUGAGCGUAUUCUGAAGCAGCCGUCCACUCAGAAUGACACCUACUCCAUGUUGGCACUGGGCAACGUAUGGCUGCAGACCCUCCACCAGCCCACCAGGGACAGAGAAAAGGAAAAGAGACAUCAGGAUCGAGCCUUAGCCAUUUACAAACAGGUCCUGCGAAAUGAUGCCAAGAACCUCUAUGCAGCCAAUGGAAUUGGUGCUGUCUUGGCCCACAAGGGCUACUUCAGGGAGGCCCGCGACGUGUUUGCGCAGGUGAGAGAGGCCACAGCCGACAUCAGCGACGUGUGGUUGAAUCUGGCUCACAUCUACGUGGAGCAGAAACAGUACAUCAGCGCUGUGCAGAUGUAUGAGAACUGCUUGAAGAAGUUCUACAAACAUCAGAACACAGAGGUCUUGCUCUACUUGGCUCGAGCUCUCUUUAAAUGUGGGAAACUCCUGGAGUGCAAGCAGAUGUUACUGAAGGCACGCCACGUGGCGCCCAAUGACACGGUGCUGAUGUUCAACGUGGCUUUAGUGCUCCAGCGGCUUGCCACUCUAGUGCUGAAGGACGAGAAGAGCAACCUGAAGGCUGUGUUGAGCUCUGUCAAAGAGCUGGAACUAGCUCACAGGUAUUUUAGCUACUUGAGCAAAGCUGGAGACAAGAUGAGAUUUGACCUUGCACACGCAGCGUCUGAGGCCAGGCAGUGCUCUGACCUGCUGAGUCAGGCUCAGUAUCACGUGGCGCGGGCCAGAAAGCAGGAUGAGGAGGAGAAAGAACUUCGGGCCAAACAAGAACAAGAGCGGGACCUGCUGCGCCAACAGCUGAUGAAGGAGCAGGAGGAGAAGAAGAGCCGAGAAGCUGAAGAGCAGAAGAAACUGCUAGAGCAGAGAGCUCUGUACGUGGAGAAGACCAGGAACCUGCUCACCUUCGUCGAAGGCGCCUCUAAGGAGAAGAAGAAAGGAGGCGGGGGAGGCGGUGGAAGACGCAAGAAGGGCGGCGACAUGGACGAGUUCGUCAACGAUGACUCGGAUGAAGAUCUUCCCGUCAGGAAGAAGAAGAAAAGAGCCGCGAGCGGGAGCGAGCAGGAGGAAGGCGAGGCGGGAGAGAAGAAGGCACGCCGGAAGAGGAAGAAAGCUCCAAGAGGGGAUGAUAAUGAAAGCGAUGACGAGGAAGGAGGAACUCAACACAAGAAGCAGCGCAAAACCAAAGAGCGCAAGAAGAUCGAAAAGCCUCAACCUGAGCGUCCUCCACCUUCUCUCAAAGGAAAGAUCAAGUCAAAGGCAAUCAUCUCAUCAUCAGAGUCAUCAGAUGAGGAUGGCUUGAAAAUAGCGGAGGACAGGAAUCAAAGAGACAGCGGUUCCGGAUCGGAUGACAAUGACGACAACAGGAAGCGGAACGUAUCCGAAAGCGACUCGGACGUCGGAAGGAACCGCUCCGGCAGCGAGGCGGGGAGCCCUCAGCGAUCCGAGGGAAGCCCCCGACGCUCCGCAGGCUCCGAGGACGAGGACUCCGGCAGCGAUCGUCCGGUGAAGAAGAGGCCGCGGCCGCAAUCCGACUCAGACCAGUCGGACAACGAGAGCAAGAGGUCGGGAUCGGACGACGAGUCCCGGCCCGGUUCUCCUGUCGCGGCGUCGGAGCGCGAGUCGGAAGCGGGGUCUGACAACGAGGGCUCCCCUCGUCGCUCUGACAACGGAUCAGAACCCGAGGGCUCCAACAAUGACGAUGACAGUGAUUAG